UUGGCGCGGCUGCGGGAGCUGGGUCUAGAGGCGAAUUGUUAACUCAGAUCUGUUCAGGUCUCGUGUGGGGAAGGCGGCGGGGCUCAGGCCUGCCGGAGAAGUGUGUGUUCUGUUUGUAGCAGUUUUACAAAAUGGUAGAGGACGAACUGGCACUAUUUGAUAAAAGCAUAAAUGAAUUUUGGAAUAAAUUCAAAAAUACGGUCAGUGACACCUCCUGUCAGAUGGUGGGACUAAGAGAUGCCUACAAGGACUCCAUUAAAGCAUUUGCAGAAAAGCUGUCUGUGAAAUUAAAGGAAGAAGAACGAAUGGUUGAGUUGUUUCUGGAAUAUCAAAAUCAGAUCUGCAGGCAGAAUAAGCUCAUUCAAGAAAAAAAAGAUAACUUGUUAAAGUUGAUUGCUGAAGUAAAAAGCAAGAAGCAGGAAUUGGAAGUACUGACUACAAAUAUCCAGGAUCUUAAGGAAGAAUAUGCCAGGAAGAAGGAGACUAUUUCCACUGCUAACAAAGCUAAUGAAGAGAGGUUGAAAAGGCUACAGAAAUCUGCAGACUUGUAUAAAGAUCGACUUGGACUAGAAAUUCGGAAAAUUUAUGGUGAUAAAUUGCAGUUUAUAUUCACUAAUGUUGACCCUAAGCAUCCUGAGAGCCCAUUUAUGUUUUCCCUGCACCUAAAUGAAGCAAGGGACUAUGAAGUGUCAGAUAGUGCUCCUCAUCUGGAGUGCCUGGCAGAAUUUCAGGAGAAACUAAGGAGGACCAACAAUUUUUCGGCUUUUCUUGCCAACGUUCGGAAAGCUUUUACUGCUAUGGUUUAUAAUUAAUGUAAAUAGUAUAUAAAAAUUGUUUAUUUUUCUUUCCUAUCGUAUAUCUCUUUUAAAAAGAAUUUUCAUUAUUCAUUAUU